AUGCCGAUGAUUUUCGAAGCUGCUGGUCCGCCGUUAGUCAGCCGUUGGUCAGCCGCUGGUCUGCCGCUGGUCAGCCGCUGGUCCGCCGCUGGUCAGUCGCUGGUCCGCCGUUGGUCAGCCGCUGGUCCACCGCUGAUCAGCCACUGGCCCGCCGCUGGUCCGCAGCUGGUCCGCAGCUGGUCCGCCACUGGUCCGCCACUGGUCAACAGCUGGUCUGCCGCUGGUAAACCGCUGGUCAGCGGGAAAUAUCGAUUGGAAAAAAAAUCAAUAAUUCCAGAAAUUCCAAACCUUCGAAAAUCCACCGAAGACGAUUCGGACGUUGAGGAGCCAGUCGAUACUGAAUACCAAGACCAAUCAGGAGCUAAUUUCACACUGAAAGAUCUGGGAGAUGCCUGGGAUCGGACUUUAAUCAAAAAGUAUCCAGGAAUCCAACAUGAGGCCGAUAUGAAUAAGCGGAAUUGGAAAAAGGACUUGGUCCAAGAUUCCGAUGAGGAGAAGCAAAAUUGGAAAGAGGACUUGGUCCAAGAUUCGGAUAAGGAGAAGCAAAACUGGUAG